UUUAGAAUCUUUAGAUGUAUAGGAGGAUCAUAAUAUACAUGGAGUCUCUAUCGAACUGACCGAUCAAGAACAACACAUGCAACCUCGGCCAGAUCAUCAAUUGCACACCUGAUUCAAUUGAUGAUGUGGCUCUUACAUACACGAUUUGGUUACUGUAGAUAUCGUAAAGUCGACAGACCACGAAAGAUGACCGAUACACGUGACAUUGUCGGUGACUCGAGGUACCGACGCUAGUAGCUUUCAGCGACGGAUCAUCAUGCUAUGUGUCGCGCUGUAGCUGCCACUGCUCCACGGUCAGAGGCCAAUUGAUCAAGAUGAGGCCCUCAUAUACCUGCACGCGGUGCUUGUCUGCUGUCAAGAGCUCGCGCACCCAGCUGCGACCUGCCCAAGCGUUCCGGCCCUUUGCCCAGAAUGUCACAUCGCAGCGAAAACACUCCACCAAAAGUCCAGCACAGUCGAAGCUGGCGACUCCUCGAAGAGCGCUCUCGACCACACCCCACCGCAGCUUCGAAAAGCCGUUCGAGCCGUACGAGUACAUCGACCCCGAGGGUAUCAAACGGACGCUGGUGUUGACUGAGGACAACCUCUUCAACUCAUUUACGAACUCGCCCAUCCCGCAAAUCCGCAAGAGAGCGGCUUUUAUGCGUCAGCAUGCGUACUGCCCGCAUCCAGAUCACAAGCCGACUCGCGCUGCAAAGAACUCUAUGGACCUCGAGGCUCGCAAGUCCUCGGAAACAGGUGCCCCACCAGCUCACGUCGACUUCGAAUGCCCGGACUGCGGAGUACCGGUUUACUGUUGCGAGGAACAUUGGGCGGAUGACUACGAGGCACACUUGGAGGUCUGUGAUGUGUUGCGCCAGUCAAACGAGGACGACCACGAUCUGCGCAGUGGUAGGUUCUUCAAGGAGUUUCAGUUCGCUGAGCCCCAGAUGGAGGAGAUCCUUGUGAACAUGACGAGCUGGGAUACCUAUCUGUACACGCGAGACUUCGAUGCGCUUAACAAGGACCGAGAGAUGCGACAAGCUACGAAGCUUCUCACCUAUCCCAUGACUAUUGCCAGUGUCAUCAAUGAAUUGAGUCCUUACAACAUCCGCAAGGGUGGGAGAAUGACCCCGGAGGGACUCAAGAGCUUCAGCGCUCUGCGACACACUCUGCACCCCCCGCGAACCGGUGGCGGCGACUCGUGGAAAAACGCCCGUAUCGCGCCUCCCUCAGUCCGUCUCUUCAUCCUCGGCGCCCGUGCCGAAUCCUCGCUGCCACGCGAGACCUGGAUGCAGCUAGCCUACCUCUUCCACCGCGUGCAAUUCUCGCUGCACUUCAUCGGCCCCGAAGCCAUGGCGAACCGCGAAAAAGAGCUGCCCUUGCCCGAGCGCACGCCCCUCAACCCCUUCGGCGCCGUCAUCGAAGACCGCAUCUCCAACGCCAUGAAAAUCAGCACGUUCGUCGAGAGCUACGAAAACAUCCACAAGACCGGCUACUUCUACCCCUACGAUCCCUACUUCGACUGCUUCGUCGUCUUCCACCCGGGCUUCGGCAACGCCGCGUCCAUGCACGAGUGGGAGGAGACCAUCCCGCUACUGCUCGAGACCAAGGUCCCCAUUAUCGCUACCGGCUACUCGCCGUGGGAUGUGCAGCAGGACGUCGACCACCUGACGACGCGGUACGGGAAUGAAAUGGAUAUGCUGUUGACCCCAGGCGAGAACCUGUUCAGGAGUCUGAGGUGGGAUCUGAAUGACCUGGAUCCGCAUGAUGUGACGUGCAGUAACUGGGGCGUGUACGCGUUCCGUGGAAAGCGGUAUGAGACGGCGAAGAAGGAGGAGGAGGUCGAGGUGCAUAGUGAUAGGACGGCGUAGUGGUGAUUGGUUAGGUGUGUAGAAUAUGUACAACAAUGUAGAUAUGCAGUCAAAUCAUCCCAUCUGUACACGAGU